CUCCCCGCGACGCCCGGUGGUGCUGUGGCGGCUGGCGUCGCGGCCCAGCUGCGCCAUGGCGGAGGUGAAGGUGAAGCCGGAGGUGAAGGUGAAGCCGGAGGUGCCCGACCCCAUGGAUAUCGAGAGCAGGAUUAUUGAGCUGUGUCAUCAGUUCCCUCAUGGUAUCACAGACCAGGUGAUCCAAAAUGAUAUGCCUCACAUGGAAGCGCAGCAGAGAGCCAUGGCGAUCAACAGGCUGCUCUCAAUGGGGCAACUGGAUCUUCUCAGAAGCAAUGCAGGUCUCCUGUACAGAAUCAAAGACUCUCAAAAUGCAAGUAAAAUGAAAGGCUCUGACAAUCAAGAGAAGCUGGUUUACCAAAUUAUAGAAGAUGCAGGGAACAAAGGUAUUUGGAGCAGGGACAUUAGAUACAAAAGUAAUUUGCCUUUGACGGAGAUCAACAAGAUACUGAAAAACUUGGAAAGCAAGAAACUGAUUAAAGCAGUUAAAUCUGUGGCAGCAUCCAAGAAGAAGGUGUAUAUGCUAUACAACCUGCAGCCUGACCGCUCGGUGACUGGUGGGGCUUGGUACAGUGACCAGGACUUCGAGUCAGAGUUUGUGGAGGUGUUAAAUCAACAGUGUUUUAAAUUUCUACAGAGUAAGGCAGAAGCUGCUCGAGACAGCAAACAGAAUCCCAUGAUACAGAGGAACAGCUCAUUUGCCUCAUCCCAUGAGGUGUGGAAAUACAUCUGUGAACUGGGUAUCAGUAAGGUAGAGUUGUCAAUGGAAGACAUAGAAACCAUUUUAAAUACGCUCAUAUAUGAUGGAAAAGUGGAGAUGACUAUUAUUGCUGCAAAGGAAGGGACGGUAGGCAGUGUGGAUGGACAGAUGAAGUUGUACAGAGCUGUUAGUCCUCUCAUACAGCCCACUGGAUUAGUUAGGACACCCUGUGGACUCUGCCCUGUUUUUGAUGAUUGCCAUGAAGGUGGUGAGAUUUCUCCAGCAAACUGUAUUUAUAUGACAGAGUGGCUGGAGUUUUAAAGUGAAACUGUAAACUGGACUCAUGCUUCACAGCCAAGGUGACCAAGCGGCUUGCUUUUUAAGAAGUGGACUUCCUAAACUUGUGAGCAUCUUCAGGACAUUGGAGUGACUUUGUUUUUAAUGAAACAUAAAACAGCAACACAUCAGUUGUCCAAACAGUCCUGUGAGUGGACUGGAAAUUGAGUCAGCACUGAAGACCAAGGCUGAAGUGGAAAUGUAGACCCCCACUCUUGUACCAAAAAUUGGUUGUGGGACUUGACAAGUGCCAUAGAACAGCUGUGUGGUGGGGCACCACUUCAAGGGUUGUGUUGAGUACUCUGCAGAUGCGUAUUCUGAAUGACAAAGUAAGUCAUCAGCUGAUGAGUGUUGCCAAGAAGGAGAUCCUAAACUUUGCUUUCAGGCUGAUGCUGCUAGUGGGUGCUUGAGUCCUAAAGCUGACACUUGUCUCCCAUGACAGCUACUACCUAAUUGAAGAUGAAGUAUCUUAUGUGGGAAAGACCUGAAUACAUCAAACAGAACUCAGUCUUUAUUAUCUUUCUUACCUGCUAAUUUAUCCUUAAACCCCUGAGUUUUUUCUCAUGUGCAUUUGAGUUUCAUUUCUUCCAUUGCAUGGUGAUGCAUCUGCUGUAUUUAUCCCUUUAUCUGACAGCUGCAAGAGCAUCAUCAAAUCUCUGCUGGUGUGUUCUGGCAGCUGCAUUGUGUAUGCAGUUAUGAAAAUUUGAGUAGAUGUAUUCUGGGAA